AAAAUCUGACGGGACCAAAAUCCUUCCAACCAAACCAAAACCAAAUAAAACCAAACCCACACACCUUGCAUUUACCACCUUCCCUUUCUCCUCCUCUGACUCUUCGUCGCCUUCUCUCUCUCUGCAAAACCACUGUUUGUUUCUCUUCAGUUGCAAACAUGGCGGAAUCGGUGGAGCUUCCGAGUCGACUCGGUAUCCUUCCUUUCAAAAACAAGGUCCUCUUACCAGGCGCCAUCAUUCGAAUUCGCUGCACUUCACCUAGCAGUGUCAAAUUGGUGGAGCAAGAGUUAUGGCAGCGUGAAGAGAAGGGAUUAAUUGGUAUUCUUCCCGUUCGAGAUGCUGCUGAGUCAGCAUCAGUGGGUCCUGUGUUGUCUCAAGGUGUGGGAAGUGAAUCUGGAGAACGAGGCUCGAGAGUUCAAGUUGGUACAUCUGAUUCUCACAGGCUAGAUGGAAAAAAUCAGCAGGAAGUUAUUCAUUGGCAUACCAGGGGUGUUGCUGCACGUGCUUUACAUCUCUCAAGAGGAGUUGAGAAGCCGAGUGGGAGGGUUACAUAUGUAGUCGUCCUUGAAGGUUUGUGUAGAUUCAGUGUCCAGGAACUUAGCACAAGAGGAACAUAUUAUACUGCACGGAUAUCUCCUCUUGAAAUGACAAAGUCUGAGAUGGAGCAAGUGGAGCAAGAUCCCGAGUUCAUAACAUUGUCUCGCCAGUUCAAAGCAACUGCUACAGAGCUGAUUUCUGUUCUUGAGCAGAAACAAAAAACUGGAGGAAGAACAAAAGUUCUUCUGGAGACAGUUCCAGUUCACAAGUUGGCAGAUAUCUUUGUUGCCAGCUUUGAGAUAAGUUUUGAGGAGCAACUGUGUAUGCUGGACUCAGUUGAUCUGAAAGUGAGACUUUCGAAAGCUACUGAGUUGGUUGACAGGCAUUUGCAGUCCAUACAUGUAGCAGAGAAGAUUACACAAAAAGUUGAGGGUCAAUUAUCGAAAUCGCAAAAGGAAUUUCUUUUGCGUCAGCAGAUGAGAGCUAUAAAAGAGGAGCUUGGGGACAAUGAUGAUGAUGAAGACGAUGUAGUUGCCCUGGAAAGGAAGAUGCAAAGUUCAGGAAUGCCUUCAAAUAUCUGGAAGCAUGCACAGAGGGAGUUGAGGAGGCUGAAAAAGAUGCAACCCCAGCAACCUGGAUAUAAUAGUUCACGUGUUUACCUAGAGCUUCUUGCUGAUCUUCCCUGGCAGAAGGCCAGUGAAGAGUAUGAAUUAGAUUUAAGGGUUGCAAAAGAACGUCUUGACAGUGAUCACUAUGGAUUAGCUAAGGUCAAGCAGCGGAUUAUUGAAUAUCUGGCUGUUCGCAAGCUUAAACCAGAUGCCAGAGGCCCUGUGUUGUGCUUUGUUGGCCCACCAGGUGUUGGGAAAACAUCUUUGGCAUCAUCUAUUGCUGCUGCUUUGGGCAGAAAAUUUAUACGCAUAUCCCUUGGUGGUGUUAAGGAUGAGGCUGAUAUUCGAGGACAUAGGAGGACAUACAUUGGAAGCAUGCCGGGGAGACUCAUUGAUGGAGUAAAGAGAGUUGCUGUUUGCAAUCCAGUCAUGCUACUAGAUGAAAUUGAUAAGACAGGUUCUGAUGUACGUGGUGAUCCAGCUUCAGCUCUACUGGAGGUUCUUGAUCCAGAACAAAAUAAAACAUUCAAUGAUCACUAUUUGAAUGUUCCUUUCGACCUUUCAAAGGUGAUUUUUGUGGCAACUGCAAAUAGGGUGCAGCCUAUUCCUCCAGCACUCUUGGACAGGAUGGAAGUUAUCGAGCUGCCUGGAUAUACACCUGAAGAAAAGCUGAAGAUAGCUAUGCACCAUUUAAUUCCACGAGUUCUUGAUCAGCAUGGUUUGACUUCUGAGUUUCUCAAAAUUCCGGAGGCCAUGGUGAAACUUGUCAUUCAGGGGUACACUAGAGAAGCUGGUGUUCGGAAUCUUGAGAGGAACUUGGCUGCUUUGGCUCGUGCAGCAGCUGUAAGAGUUGCAGAGCAAGAACCAGCUGUCUCUCCGAUCAAAGAUGUGCACUCGCUUGCUUCACCACUUCUUGAAAACAGACUUGCUGAUGGAGCUGAAGUGGAAAUGGAGGUUAUUCCAAUGGGUGUGAAUAAUCACGAGAUAUCAAGCACUUUCAAGAUUGCUUCGCCAUUGACUGUGGAUGAGGAUAUGCUGGAAAAAGUAUUAGGGCCUCCAAGGUUUGAUGACAAAGAAGCUGCAGAACGGGUUGCAACACCUGGUGUAUCUGUUGGGCUUGUUUGGACUUCUGUUGGUGGAGAGGUCCAAUUUGUGGAGGCUACAGCAAUGGGGGGAAAGGGUGAAUUACAUCUCACUGGCCAACUUGGAGAUGUUAUAAAAGAAUCAGCACAAAUAGCAUUGACAUGGGUAAGAGCCAGGGCAAGAGAUCUUCUGUUGGCAACAGCUGACGAAACCAAUCUUUUGGAGGGUCGGGAUGUUCAUAUACAUUUUCCUGCUGGGGCUGUACCCAAGGAUGGACCUUCGGCAGGUGUGACUCUGGUAACUGCACUGGUUUCAUUGUUCAGUCAGAAAAGAGUAAGAGCAGAUACAGCUAUGACUGGAGAAAUGACAUUGAGAGGUCUUGUACUACCUGUUGGUGGUAUCAAGGAUAAGGUAUUAGCGGCCCACCGUUGUGGUAUUAAAAGAGUCAUUCUUCCAGAAAGAAAUCUGAAGGACUUAAUCGAAGUACCAUCAGCUGUGCUUUCUGGUCUUGAGAUAAUAGUAGCAAAGCGAAUGGAAGACGUGUUAGAGCAGGCUUUUGAUGGUGGAUGCCCCUGGAGACAGCACUCAAAGUUAUGACAGGGCCCUUGAUGGAUGAUUUUGUUAUGUACAAACAAAUUCCAGUGAUUGAAUUGCCAUUGGAACAUGGCUUGCAGCCCCCCUAUUUGUUCAACAGCUGCCUUGGCUGCAAAAACUGAGGAAAUUGUCAAUCACUUGAACCAGUCGUGGGGCCGGAAACCGUUCAUAUAGGGACAUGAUCACAAAUCAUUGAUUUCAUCUUGAGUUUUUUGAUCAACCGCUAAAUUCGCCUUGCGCCCCUCUGUUCCGUUCAAUGUCAAUUUCUUUCCCAAUAAAUCUGUAAUUAUAAUUAAUCCUGUGUCUGGUGUAAAGUGUUAUCGUUUAAUUGAGCAAGGGAAUACAAGCCCAUUUCUCUCUUCCCUUUUCAAA